AUGGAAAUUACUAGUGUUGAAGUUCUGAAAGCGUAUAUCAAUAGAAUUCAAGAAGUGGAACCAAUUAUAAAUGCUGUGGUUUGUGAUAGAUUUGAUGAAGCAUUGAAAGAAGCCCGAUAUAUAGAUAAAGUAUUGGAUUCUGGAAAUGUUCCUGCUUACUACUCCAGGGAAAAGGCACCAUUCCUUGGUGUUCCUUUCACAACUAAAGAAGCCUUUGCACAUAAAGGAAUGACAAAUACUAGUGGGCUCGUUAGCCGAAAGAACAUGUUAUGUACGAAAGAUGCUGCAGUUGUUGCGAGAAUGAAAGAGGCUGGAGCAAUCCCGAUAGCAGUAACGAACUGCAGCGAGUUGUGUAUGUGGUAUGAAUCCAGUAACUUUAUCUACGGAAGAUCAAAUAACCCUUAUGAUGCGAGGAGAAUAGUGGGUGGAAGUUCAGGUGGUGAAGGCGCUCUGCAUGCUGCUUCAGGUACGCCUAUUGGCAUCGGUUCUGACAUCGGUGGUUCCAUCAGAAUGCCCUGUUUUUUCAAUGGAAUAUUUGGACAUAAACCAUCAUCAGGUAUUAUUCCAAACUUUGGUCAGUUUCCAAUGGCAACUGGUAAACGAAAUGAUUUUCUCUCAACUGGGCCAAUGUGUCGAUUUGCAGAAGAUUUGGAGCCCAUGUUCCGUGUGUUGGCCGGAGAGGAAGGACUGAGCAAGCUAAAGAUGGAUACGACUGUAGACUUAAAAAGUUUGAGGUAUUUCACUAUUGUGGAUGAUGGGGACGCAGGUUAUUGCUCACGAGUCAGUCAAGAACUCAGAGACGCCCAAGCCAAGGCUGCUAAAUAUAUAGAAGAGUCGCUCAAUGUCCCAGUCGUGAAGACCAUGGUACACAGGCUUCGUCUCUCACUCCCGAUAUGGUCUGCCAUGAUGUCAAAACACGGUGAGGUGUCUUUCACAGAUCUAAUGACCGACGGUGGGCCGCAAGUUUAUCCAGCAUGGGAGCUUCUCAAGUGGGUCUUUCAACUCUCCAAUCACACUCUUCCAGCCAUCGGUUUAGGAAUCGUAGAAAAGUUUGAUGAGAUGAUGAUGUCUAAGGACCUGCAGGAGAGGCUCUGUAAGGCUAGCGAUAAACUCCGCCGAGAUUUUGAAGAAUUGCUUGGUUCUGAUGGUGUUCUUCUUUAUCCUUCUCAUCCCAAGGUAGCCCCAUACCAUAAUUCACCUUUGUUCACACCCAUGAAUUUUGCUUACACUGGCAUUUUCAAUAUGAUGGGUUUCCCAGUUACCCAGGUGCCACUUGGGUUGAAUGCAGACGGGGUACCUCUUGGUGUGCAGGUCAUUGCCCUCACUCACAAUGAUCAUCUUACCAUGGCUGUUGCUAGGAAACUAGAGGAAGCUUUUGGUGGAUGGAAAGAACCAGUUUAG